UCAGUUUGAAUUUUUCUUAUUAGUUAAAUAAGUUGAUAAGUGUUGAUGUCGGCAGAUAAAAGUGCAUAGAAAAAAGUUUUUAAAGAAAUCCAUUUAAAAGAAUAAAAACUUAUUUUUGUUUUGUGCAAGUGAAAUUUUAGCUCAUUUGUGAAAACACCCAAAGCCUCACCCUUUGAACGGGCGGGAGAAAUGUCACGCGACACACUCUCCAGGGAUAGUGUGUUUCGCACGAUAUUACAACGCGACCGCUAUAAUCCACAUGUGAUACGGAAAAAUCUAAUUGCCAGUACCAAAGACUCACUGGACUAUGUGCAACGUUUGGGUCUUAUGUGUCGUUUGCCCAUACAUUCGGGCUGUGUCAAUACGGUACAUUGGAAUAAUACGGGUGAAUAUUUAAUAAGCGGUUCGGAUGAUCAAUUUGUGGCCGUCACAAAUCCCAACAAUCAACAGGUCCUACUCAAAUAUAAGACGGCACAUCGUGCGAAUAUAUUCAGUGCACGAUUUAUGCCACAGAGCAAUGAUCAGGCCAUUGUUUCGUGUUCCGGAGAUGGCAUUGUCUUGCACACCGAACUCUUGGCGCCAUACAUCAGGAGACGUCAGGGUUCCGACGAACCCAUGCCGUCGGUGUAUGAACGCAUCUCGGAUAAUGACAGCAAUGUUGGUUGGUUCAGCUGCCACAAGAGUGGUACCACCUAUGAGGUAAUGACAGUUCCUACAGAGCCCCGCACAUUUAUGAGCUGUGGCGAGGAUGGCACCGUACGGCUAUUUGAUCUACGCAAAAUCUCCAGCUGUCACAAGACCUGUUGCAAGGACAACAUUUUCAUAUUCAGUCCAUCGGCUGUGAAUGCCAUGGACUUGGCGCCGAUCAGUUGUAAUUAUGUGGCUGUUGGCAGUUCCGAUGCCGUUGUGCGCAUCUAUGAUCGUCGUUAUUUAUCUGUGAUCGAUUUUAGUGAUAGUUCCAUACCAACGACAGAACGCCAUACGCGUCCCGUUAAAGCUUAUCCCAUACCACUGCCCACAAAUCGCCAGUUUCGUAUCACCUGUGUACGUUACAGUCCUGACGAGUCUGAGCUCUUAGUUAGUUACUCAUCGGAAUAUUUAUAUUUGUUUGAUUUGAAAAAUGAGGGUGUCGACAUCAAUGACCUGUCCAAGAAGGGACGUUUUCUGAAUCGUGAGAGUACACCGCCACCAACAAUGACGGCGGAGCAGGUUACACGGAGGCUAAGAUUGAGGGGUGAUUGGUCGGACACGGGGCCCGAUGCAAGGCCGGAACGUGAAGUCAGUGGUAGGGGGGAGGUGGGCCAGGUAAGGCCUCAGCUACAGGCCAAUAUAAUGAGUCGCAUGACAGAGGUUAUAUCACGCAUGCUAAAUGAUCCCAGGACCCGCAUGGGCUUGACAAGUCAAAUGCAGGAGACACUGAGAGAGACUUCCCAGGAGGGCAAUGAAAGUUUGGUAAUGGAUAGCAGAGAUAAUGUUGAAGAAUCCCGUCCCUCAACAUCCUCGGCAUGGCGCCGGGCGGCCGCCAGUACCUUGGCUGCAAAUCACUCAUCAUCUGUGGAUACCCAAGACUCGCUGCCGAAUUCAGCGACAGCAGCCAGCACUCACAGUCACAGUGUCGAUGAUAUUGAAAUGUCCGAUCCAACAUCUUCGACAAAUCAAGACACCACCACCAACAGCAGCACGACCAACACCAACUCCGCAACUGAUACCGAUUUCCAAGAUGAUUCGGCUUCAUUAAAUCAAGAACUAGCCGAUUUGGAAAUGGAAACUAAAGAGGCAAUAUUCGAUUAUUUACGCAUGAAAUAUACGGGUCAUCGCAAUGCCCGUACCAUGAUCAAGGAAGCCACAUUCUGGGGCAACAACUAUGUGAUGUCGGGUUCAGAUUGUGGUCACAUUUUCACAUGGGACCGCCGUACGGGGAAAUUGGUGAUGUUAAUGCAGGCCGAUCAACAUGUGGUGAAUUGUUUGCAACCACAUCCGGAGCUGCCAUAUUUGGCAUCAUCGGGCAUCGAUUAUGAUGUGAAAAUCUGGGCACCCAUACUCAAGGAGAAAAAUUUCAACGAGGAAGAGGCUGAAGAUCUAAUGAAACGUAAUGCCAUCAUGUUGGAACAGACCAAAGAUACAAUUACUGUACCGGCUGCUUUUAUGAUACGUAUGCUGGCCUGUAUACAUUCGCUGAGAAAUCGUGAGCGGAAUCAAAAUUCCAAUGAUACUUCGACAGCCAAUGGCAAUGACAAUGAAACGACGAGGACGAGCACAACAACAACAACGGGUGAUAACAGCACAGGAAACAAUGGCAAUAACUCAAAUCCCGAGGAUGAAGAAAAUAAUUAAUUUAAUUUCACAUGGAUUGAUUCUCAAUAUUUGAGGAAAUUCAAUCCCAAAAAGCGUUAAAUGUAUAAGAGGAGUACUAUGGCUAAUGGUGCUUUAAGGAAAAAAAAAACAACAAUAAAUAAAUGAAAUUAUUUAUGGAUUUUAAUUAAAAAUUAUUAGAAUAAAAUAAUGUAAAUUUAUGCUAGAUGAAAAUUCUGAAAAGAAACAGGAAAAAUAAAAGGAGACUAUUAUUUUAAAAUAUAA